GGUCAUAGCCUCGCCGCAGUCUCGGCCGCUUCCAGCCUCUGCCCUCCCGCUGGCGAGCCAAUAUGCUCAUGCCAUCGCCGCCUACUCACUGCAAUACACCCGUCUCUGUGCUGCCGCCCGGCCACGCUCCCUCUGCCCAUUGCUACAUCCCACGAAUGUGCGCUCAGCCAUCCGGUUGAGGGGUAGCAGGCGUCCACCAUGGGUUGUUGCGCCUCUCGCCCGACCGACGACGGCACGCCAGCUGUGCGCGCGCAUUCGUCGUCGUCGCGCAACAUUACAGCGCCGUCGACGCGACGAGCCCCUACCACGUCGCCGCGCGCAUCGCACGUCUCGCAGCCAAAUGCCCCGCCGUCGCGAAGCCGCUCCGAAGUCAUAGAGCGCCCAAACACAGCGCUCAAGCCCAUUCCGCCAGCCCAGCGCUCACGGCUGCCCACCACGCUCGCCUCGUCAGCCAGCAAGACCAGCAGCCGCAUCAAGCCUCUGACCGACCCCACCAGCCUGACAUGGACCCGCGCACGCCUGCAAAAGGAGCGCGACGACUGGUGGGACACGCAGGUCACGGGCUCGGAAGAGAUCUGGGGAGCCAUUCGCCUGGCCGCACAGCAUUUGCAGGCCGGCCAGCUCCAGGAGGCUCAGACGAUGCUUGACGUCACCGGGUGCACAUGCCCGACAGGCCUCUUCUGGCGCGGCGUCUACGACCCCACGGGCGUGCAGUACAAAGUCCCCGAAUGGGUUGUCGUCGAGCCCGACGGCCUAGUCGAAGACCAUGUCGAUGACAAGAUGCUGGCUGGGCCUGUAGCCGCCAGCCCGGAUGCCCAAGACGACGACGACGACGGCCCGGACGAGCUGGCGAGCGUGCGUGUGAGGACGAGUCAUGAUUCAAAGGACGUUAUACUCGACAUCCACAAGAAGGACUCGGUUGCUGUGAUUAUCGGUAAACUCAAGGAAGCCGCACAGAUCAAUGCCUCCGCCAGAGUCCGCCUAGCCUACGGCGGCCGCGUAUACCACGACUACGAAGUCCUUGAAGCGCAACCACAUUGGAACUUUGCCAAUGGCUUUGUGCUGAAUGCUCUUGUUUUUCAAUAAUCAUC